UCAGGAAAUAAUGAUCACUUUUUGGCAGUUCAUCAGAAGAGUGGGAAGCCUGUAUUCAUUUAUCACCGUUCACAAGACAUUGAGAAGAGCCUGGAUAUAGCUCCACAAAAGAUACGUAAACAGAGCUACCAUUCCUCUUCCGAAGCUCAAGUAAGCAAACACCACCAAAUAGUUAAUUCAGCCUUUCCCAGACCUGCGUAUGACCCAUCUCUCAAUUUGCUGGCCAUGGCUGGUCAAGAUCUAGAAGUGGAAAAUCUUCCGAUCCCAGCAGCAAAUGUCAUUGUGGUGACACUGCAAAUGGAUGUAAACAAGCUGAACGUAACUUUGCUUCGGAUAUUCCGCCAAGGUGUGGCUGCAGCCUUAGGACUCUUACCUCAGCAAGUGCACAUCAAUCGCCUCACUGAAAAGAAGAACAGUGUUGAACUAUAUGUGUCUCCCAUAAACCGAAAAACAGGAAUUUCUGAUGCCCUGCCAUCUGAGGAAGUACUACGUUCACUUAAUAUCAAUGUUUUACAUCAAAGUUUAUCCCAAUUUGGAAUUACAGAAGUCUCUCCUGAGAAAAACGUUUUACAAGGGCAGCAUGAAGCGGACAAAAUCUGGAGCAAAGAAGGAUUUUACGCUGUUGUCAUUUUUCUCAGCAUCUUUGUCAUUAUAGUAACAUGUUUGAUGGUUCUUUACAGAUUAAAAGAAAAGUUUCAGCUUUCCUUGAGACAAGAUAAAGAGAAAAACCAGGAGAUACACCUGUCACCCAUUGCGCUACAGCCAGCACAGUCUGAGGGGAAGACAGCCCACAGCAUGGUCCAGCCUGAGCAGAUCCCGAAGGUGCUGAAUGUUGUAGUGGACCCUCAAGGCCGAUGUGCUCCUGAGAUCAAAGCUACCGCCUCUACCUCUGUCAGCCCUUCUCCUUUCAAAAUGAAGCCCAUAGGACUUCAGGAGAGACGAGGGUCCAAUGUAUCUCUUACAUUGGACAUGAGUAGCUUGGGGAAUGUCGAACCCUUUGUGGCUAUACCAACCCCACGGGAGAAGGUAGCAAUGGAGUACCUGCAGUCAGCCAGCCGAAUUCUCACAAGGUCACAGCUGAAGGACGUCGUGGCAAGUUCACAUUUACUCCAAAGUGAAUUCAUGGAAAUACCAAUGAACUUUGUGGAUCCCAAAGAAAUUGACAUUCCACGUCAUGGAACUAAAAAUCGCUAUAAGACCAUUUUGCCAAAUCCCCUCAGCAGAGUGUGGUUAAGACCAAAAAAUGUAACUGAUUCAUUGAGCACCUAUAUUAAUGCUAAUUAUAUUAGGGGCUACAGUGGCAAGGAAAAAGCCUUCAUUGCCACCCAGGGCCCCAUGAUCAACACCGUGAAUGAUUUCUGGCAGAUGGUUUGGCAGGAAGACAGUCCUGUGAUUGUAAUGAUUACAAAACUCAAAGAAAAAAAUGAGAAAUGUGUGCUAUACUGGCCAGAAAAGAGAGGGAUAUAUGGGAAAGUUGAAGUUCUGGUUAUCAGUGUAAAUGAAUGUGAUAACUACACCGUUCGAAACCUUGUCUUAAAGCAAGGAAGUCACACCCAACAUGUGAAGCAUUACUGGUACACCUCCUGGCCCGAUCACAAGACUCCAGACAGUGCCCAGCCCCUUCUACAACUCAUGCUGGAUGUAGAAGAAGACAGACUUGCUUCUGAAGGCCGAGGGCCUGUGGUUGUCCACUGCAGUGCAGGGAUAGGUAGAACGGGAUGUUUUAUUGCUACAUCCAUCGGCUGUCAACAGUUGAAAGAAGAAGGUGUUGUUGAUGCGCUGAGCAUUGUCUGCCAGCUUCGUGUAGACAGGGGUGGAAUGGUCCAAACCAGUGAGCAGUAUGAAUUUGUGCAUCAUGCUCUGUGCCUGUACGAGAGCAGACUUUCAGCAGAAACUGUCCAGUGA